GAUAUUGUAUCAUUAUCCACACCCCCGUCGUACAGCGAUCGAGUCGCAAUAACAUACAUUGAUGUUGAUCCCAUACUUUUAGAGGAUGGCCUUUGGUUUAAUAUAGUGUCAAUAGUUUCGUGCCAGAGGCCUUGUCAACAGGAAUACGCAGUCCAAGGAUGACAAUCCCAGACUGGGCUCACAGAGUGUCGUCCUGUAGACUUUAAGACCAGAGAAUGGUAAAAUAGUGGCCUGAUGACUCCUGACUAUACGUUCGACAAGGUUCAUUGAUCAACGUGUAUUCGUUCUUGACUGCCAUAGUCCAUGGACAGUCAUUGACCAACUCAUCAACGCGGAAUCCAAGAAGCCCGACUGUUGAUAUUCCAGUAUUACAUUCUCGAGUAUGAUAUAUGUCAGAGAGACUGCUGUCGACUUGUACAGUUAAAGGACACAACAAGUGAUCGUAUCACUUAACCAUCAGCCUGGAAUGUAAGAGUCAUCACACAAGUCCACUACUCGAAAAUAGGGAUUCAUACUUAUCAACAAUGCUUAUACUGGGACUAUUUCUCCAAGCUGUGUUUUCCCAAUCAGAUUCACAAAGCAUUGAAAUUCCUGCGACAGCAAAUUCUGUGAACGGGAUGAGCGAAUAUAUAUACUUCAACAAGGGCCAGUCUUGGAACACAGCGCGAAGUGUGUGCGGUUCUAUUGGGGGCUACCUUGCCCGAUUUGACACACUCGGAUUAUUUCAAAUGGCUGAAGCACAAUCUGCUGAUGGAUUCCCUUGGAAAGCAAAUUGGGACCACUCAUGGACGAGUCUGUAUUGGAAUGACGACCAGACUCGUGUCUUUGAUGACAGUGAUUGCAGCCUCUUCACUUCCAAUCUCAGUGUCACUGAUGUAUUCAAGGAUGCAAAUAAUGCCCAAUAUGAAGGCGGGAAGAGAUGCUUCAGACUUAAUAAAGACGCGUAUCGUUUGGAGAGACAUGCCUGUGACGGAAAAUUGAAGUUUAUAUGUGAACGAAAAGCAGAUAAAUGUCUCUACUCUAGUGUAGGGACGGGGGCUGCUGUAGUUAGUCAUGGUAAUGCCACGUCAGAUGCCUGCCAGGAGGUCUGCAACGCAGUGUCCGGAUGCUUCUUGGCAGGCAACUACGAAACCAACCUCUGUGUCAUGCUGACAGUACCUCCAGGUUCCAACGCUAUGUAUCAGAAAAACUGCUUUACAGCUUCUCGGAACGAAAGCGACACUGACGGAUAUAUAGAUCCCCAGGAUGACACCCCUGAGAUUCCUUCUGGCUGCACCCCAAAUAAUGGUUCCGAGGCUCCUGAGGCUCCUGUAACCAGUACUGUCGUAUUUCCAACGACCAGUAUAGACUUGUGUCCAUCGAGCACGGCGAGUUAUGUCUACAUCAGCACCGAAACGCUUUCAUGUUCUCCUGACUUCAUCACAGUCUCAGUCUCUCAACCAGUAAGUUACGUCACAGUGACGGACAUAACGUCAGUAGCAACGACAGUGAUACAAACCCAAACAGCUACUGAAGUUCUCAGCACGUGCCAUCUUCCUACAUCCAUUUCGACAUCGACGAGCCCUUGUGCGAUCAGCACCGAGACUCUCAUCACAGAGUUAACGUCGACGGUGCUUGUGACGUCAGUGGUGUCCUGCCCGAGCGUAAGUCCAGUCCAGUUGACCAUUACGUCUUCUUGUCCAGAACCGAUGACGGUUCUUCAAGAACACACGUCUUGCGUCUGCGCAUCUGCUUUCAUGACGUCAGAACUCACAAGUGUUGUCUCCCCUGAAUCCGCUUCGUCGAUUUUAUCAUCCGAUCUUCAGUCUGCAAACCCUGGUCCUGUAUUAGAUCAGACCACAAUAUGUCGAACCUAUAACCUGACAGAUCUUGGUGAAGACGAGCUGAAUGUACUUUUAGCAUCCAUUGUUAAAGAACUAACGAUUGAAACAAAAAAUCUUUCGAAAACUGUUCGAAAAAAGACAAGUGCUCAAGACUCCAGACCACUGUCACAGAGCAUAGGGUAUUCGGCCUUGAGUCUGAUAAUAAUACCGUUUGUAGUCGUUAUUCUAAUGGACGUACCAAUAAUUAUCAAGGAUGUACAGAAUACGCUUGUUAAUGUUAAAAAGACGGGAACUCCGUGACGUCAGCUCAAUGAACACAGAAGAUUGAAUGGAUUAACCGGCCAGUGCUGAGAUUAUAACAUAGCCUUAAAAUUACUAGUAUCCAAAACGAAACCCAAAUGAAAGGGGCCGAUGUUGGCUGGUUCCACAGUCCUCCUGUUACCCAACGUUUAGUUUUAACUUAUUUCUUUUAACAAUCCAUUUAUAUAGCAUAAGCCACAUGUACAUGCUAAUCAAAAUUGAAAACUGUUCGUUUUGGACAUGAAUUGACUGUAUAUGUAUCUAUCAGUUAUAUACGAUCUGUUCAUGCGUAUAAUAGGCGCCGCGAUUCGUUGUGCGUCCCUUGGGCACGCCAGAAACCUAUGAUUGUGGGUUCGAAUCCCGGUUCGCCCCGAUUAUGUUUCUAGGUUUGUCAGCACCAUACCCGUUCUCGUAGGUUUCA